GUCUGUUUGUUUGUCUAAGGCUAUCAAAAGAAGUCAAGAGAGGAGGCUGUGGCCCGGAUCCUGACCCUGAUUGUAUGAAUAAAUGUGCUGAUGUGCAGACCGGAUUCAUCUUCUCGGAGCUGCGGCGGCGGCUUUGGGCUCAGGCGGCGGCGGCUCGCGCUCGGCCGCGGAGUCCUGGCAGCAGCGGGGACGCGGCGCGGGAGUCCGAGCUCUGGUGGCAGCUGAGCCCGCGGGGCGCCGCUCGCCGAGCCGCGGCCGCGGGAAGUUCGGCAGCCAGAAGGACGACCUGGCAGGCUGCGAGCGCCAGCGCCGCCAGAGCCGAGCUUGCCUGCGCCCUCCCCGCCUCCGAGUGCAGAGUUCCUUACCUGCCCUCCGCCCACCCGCGGGCCCCUAGCCAACUUCUCCCUGCGACUGGGGGUAACAGGCAGUGCUUGCCCUCUCUACUGUCCCGGCGGCAUCCACAUGUCUCCGGACACCUGAGCAUCCCCGUCCCGCCGAGGAGCCUCCGGGUGGGGAGAAGAGCACCGGUGCCCGUAGCCCCUCACAUCAGCGCGGACCGCGGCUGCCUAACCUCUGGGUCCCGUCCCCUCCUUUUCCUCCAGGGGAGGAGGAUGGGGUUGGGAACGCUUUCCCCGAGGAUGCUCGUGUGGCUGGUGGCCUCGGGGAUUGUUUUCUACGGGGAGCUAUGGGUCUGCGCUGGCCUCGAUUAUGAUUACACUUUUGAUGGGAACGAAGAGGAUAAAACAGAGACUAUAGAUUACAAGGACCCGUGUAAAGCCGCUGUAUUUUGGGGCGAUAUUGCCUUAGAUGAUGAAGACUUAAAUAUCUUUCAAAUAGAUAGGACAAUUGACCUUACGCAGAACCCCUUUGGAAACCUUGGACAUACCACAGGUGGACUUGGAGACCAUGCUAUGUCAAAGAAGCGAGGGGCCCUCUACCAACUUAUAGACAGGAUAAGAAGAAUUGGCUUUGGCUUGGAGCAAAACAACACAGUUAAGGGAAAAGUACCUCUACAAUUCUCAGGGCAAAAUGAGAAAAAUCGAGUUCCCAGAGCCGCUACGUCAAGAACGGAAAGAAUAUGGCCUGGAGGCGUUAUUCCUUAUGUUAUAGGAGGCAACUUCACUGGCAGCCAGAGAGCCAUGUUCAAGCAGGCCAUGAGGCACUGGGAAAAGCACACAUGUGUGACUUUCAUAGAAAGAAGUGAUGAAGAGAGUUACAUUGUAUUCACCUAUAGGCCUUGUGGAUGCUGCUCCUAUGUAGGUCGGCGGGGAAAUGGACCUCAGGCAAUCUCUAUUGGCAAGAACUGUGAUAAAUUUGGGAUUGUCGUUCACGAAUUGGGUCAUGUGAUAGGCUUUUGGCAUGAACACACACGACCAGAUCGAGAUAACCACGUAACUAUCAUAAGAGAAAACAUCCAGCCAGGUCAAGAGUACAAUUUUCUGAAGAUGGAGCCUGGAGAAGUAAACUCACUUGGAGAAAGAUAUGAUUUUGACAGUAUCAUGCACUAUGCCAGGAACACCUUCUCAAGGGGGAUGUUUCUGGAUACCAUUCUCCCCUCCCGUGAUGAUAAUGGCAUACGUCCUGCAAUUGGUCAACGAACCCGUCUAAGCAAAGGAGAUAUCGCACAGGCAAGAAAGCUGUAUAGAUGUCCAGCAUGUGGAGAAACUCUACAAGAAUCCAAUGGCAACCUUUCCUCUCCAGGAUUUCCCAAUGGCUACCCUUCUUACACACACUGCAUCUGGAGAGUUUCUGUGACCCCAGGGGAGAAGAUUGUUUUAAAUUUUACAACGAUGGAUCUAUACAAGAGUAGUUUGUGCUGGUAUGACUAUAUUGAAGUAAGAGACGGGUACUGGAGAAAAUCACCUCUCCUUGGUAGAUUCUGUGGGGACAAAGUGCCUGAAGUUCUUACUUCUACAGACAGCAGAAUGUGGAUUGAGUUUCGUAGCAGCAGUAAUUGGGUAGGAAAAGGCUUUGCAGCUGUCUAUGAAGCGAUCUGUGGAGGUGAGAUACGUAAAAACGAAGGACAGAUUCAGUCUCCUAAUUAUCCUGAUGACUAUCGCCCGAUGAAAGAAUGUGUGUGGAAAAUAACAGUGUCUGAGAGCUACCACGUCGGGCUGACCUUUCAGUCCUUUGAGAUUGAAAGACAUGACAACUGUGCUUAUGACUACCUGGAAGUUAGAGAUGGAACCAGUGAAAAUAGCCCUUUGAUAGGGCGUUUCUGUGGUUAUGACAAACCUGAAGAUAUAAGAUCUACCUCCAAUACUUUGUGGAUGAAGUUUGUUUCUGAUGGAACUGUGAACAAAGCAGGGUUUGCUGCUAACUUUUUUAAAGAGGAAGACGAGUGUGCCAAACCUGACCGUGGAGGCUGUGAGCAGCGAUGUCUGAACACUCUGGGCAGUUACCAGUGCGCCUGUGAGCCUGGCUAUGAGCUGGGCCCAGACAGGAGGAGCUGUGAAGCUGCUUGUGGUGGACUUCUUACCAAACUUAACGGCACCAUAACCACCCCCGGCUGGCCCAAGGAGUACCCUCCUAAUAAGAACUGUGUGUGGCAAGUGGUUGCACCAACCCAGUACAGAAUUUCUGUGAAGUUUGAGUUUUUUGAAUUGGAAGGCAAUGAAGUUUGCAAAUAUGAUUAUGUGGAGAUCUGGAGUGGUCUUUCCUCUGAGUCUAAAUUGCAUGGCAAAUUCUGUGGCGCUGAAGUGCCUGAAGUGAUCACAUCCCAGUUCAACAAUAUGAGAAUUGAAUUCAAAUCUGACAAUACUGUAUCCAAGAAGGGCUUCAAAGCACAUUUUUUCUCAGACAAAGAUGAAUGCUCUAAGGAUAAUGGUGGAUGUCAGCACGAAUGUGUCAACACAAUGGGGAGCUACAUGUGUCAAUGCCGUAAUGGAUUUGUGCUGCAUGAAAAUAAACAUGAUUGCAAGGAAGCUGAGUGUGAACAGAAGAUCCACAGUCCAACUGGCCUCAUCACCAGUCCCAACUGGCCAGACAAGUACCCAAGCAGGAAAGAAUGCACUUGGGAAAUCAGCGCCACUCCCGGCCACCGAAUCAAAUUAGCCUUUAGUGAAUUUGAGAUUGAGCAGCAUCAAGAAUGUGCUUAUGACCACCUAGAAGUAUUUGAUGGAGAAACAGAAAAGUCACCAAUUCUUGGACGACUAUGUGGCAACAAGAUACCAGAUCCCCUUGUGGCUACUGGAAAUAAAAUGUUCGUUCGGUUUGUUUCUGAUGCAUCUGUUCAAAGAAAAGGCUUUCAAGCCACACAUUCUACAGAGUGUGGUGGACGAUUGAAAGCAGAAUCAAAACCCAGAGAUCUGUACUCACAUGCUCAGUUUGGUGAUAACAACUACCCAGGACAGGCUGACUGUGAAUGGCUGUUAGUAUCAGAACGGGGCUCUCGACUUGAAUUAGCCUUCCAGACAUUUGAAGUGGAAGAAGAAGCAGACUGUGGCUAUGACUACGUGGAGCUCUUUGAUGGUCUCGAUUCAACAGCUGUGGGGCUUGGUCGAUUCUGUGGAUCCGGGCCACCAGAAGAGAUUUAUUCAAUUGGAGAUGCAGUUUUAAUUCAUUUCCACACUGAUGACACAAUCAACAAGAAGGGAUUUCAUAUAAGAUACAAAAGCAUAAGAUAUCCAGAUACCACACAUACCAAAAAAUAACACCAAAACCUCUGUCAGAACACAAAGGAAUGUGCAUAAUGGAGAGAAGACAUAUUUUUUUUAAAACUGAAGAUAUUGGCACAAAUGUUUUAUACAAAGAGUUUGAACAAAAAAAUCCCUGUAAGACCAGAGUUAUCUUUGUACUAAAAGAGAAGUUUCCAGCGAAACCCUCAUCAGCAUUACAAGGAUAUUUGAACUCCAUGCUUGAUGGUAUUAAUAAAGCUGGUGAGAGGGCAGCAUAUACUUCAAGGAAGACUCUACAAGCUUUUGUUCAAAGCUUGAAAUAGAUGCCUCACAAUUCAGACAGUUUAAUUCAGGAACUGUGACCCUGCAGUGUUCUUUUUGACAAUUUGUCAAGAUUUAGGGACAUAAAAUGAUCUUGCAGGUCAUAAACUGGAAAACAGUAUUCUGGUUGUCUUAGGAUAAUUGCUGACUUUGUAUCUUGGAUACAGUGUAAACCAGAUCCAUAUAAGGUGAAUGUGAAAUGGGAGUCUUUUGAGGGUGAUUUGUACUUUCCAUGUGUAUGUGUGUGUCUGGUGUUUGGAAACUGGGAUAUUUCAGCUUCAUUAUUUCUACUUGCAGGCCAGCUUAACCUCUGAAACACAAAUGAUCUUGAGACCACUUUAGUGUACUUACAUUUUGAUGAGUUUGAAAUGUCAAUGGUGUCUAUUAUUGCAGUUAAAUUCUAGACACCGGUUCUUUAAGUCUUGGAAAAUGCCCAGUGAAUUGGUAAACUUAGUUCAUUUUUUUGGAAGUGCUGUCUUUUCACACCAAAUCCAAGAAGCCUGUGAUGUCUUAUGAACCUUGUGAGAAAACUCCGAAGAGGUGUGAGCAGGAUUCUUCUGAAUGACUGUCUGGAUGGUUCAUUACUCAAGUUACUGCUGCUGCUAUUGUCUUUCCUUUGUUGUCGAUCUGUUAUUGCUGUAUUAUUAUUGUUGAUGUUGUCAUGGUUAAUCUAUUUUUUAAAAAUGAAAUGAAGCAGAAGUAGGUCUUGUGAGAACUGAAAGAUCUCUUUCAUUUUUCUUUUCCUGGGAUUCAUUUUUUCAAAAUGCAAUGCUGGAAAAAAAAGAUUUGUUUCUGAAAGACUUCUUAUGGUGCUAUUCCAUAAACUUUUUUUUUAAACAAGUUUUUGACCUUUGAGCCAACCCACCUGUAGACUACGAAUGUCUCCCUAUGGCUGGUGGCAUUUGAAGACUAAAGACUUGUCAAAUAUAUCAAGAGUAUAUCAUUGCAAGGGCAACACUUGUCCUGUGGAACAACUACUUAUAAUGCCUUAGAAUUCUUGCACAUGAUCAAACAGAUCCUCCUAAAACACACCUUUUGAAAUGUUGAACAUAAUAGUGUAUGUUAAUUAACAGCUCUAUGAAGAAAAUCCAUUUCCAUGACUGAAGCAUUGGAUAUAAAUAUGGUGUGCUGCUUUUAUUGUAGAAAAUGUAAUUUGAGGAUGAGUUUUCUGCUUUAAAGGCAUGUGUGUUUUUAAAAUUAAUGAAUGUAGAAGUGUGAUUGUCUGAGUGAGUGAAACUACAAGAGGUAAAAAAUAACAGGUGGUUGAAAAGUUAAAAUGUAUGUGCCAAGUUCUACUAGAAUUCCAUUUGAAAUAGCGCCUUCCUUAGGUUUCAUGGACAAAUAAUGGGAACUUCUAAUUUUGAUCAAUCCCAUUAAAAAAAAAGGCUCUUUCCUUUAGAUAAACUCUAUUUUGAUGUCAAUAUAGAUUACUGUAUGAAGUAGCUUUGUUUCUGUUACCUGUCCAUGAGCAUACAACAUUGAAUACAAUUGGGUGUAUUCUUUCAGUUUUACAAAAUUAAACUAUACACACAGAUGUAGCUUAUCUGUUUUUUUCUUAAAUUGUUGCCCUGAAAAAAUUUCUUGCAUAUGAAUUGUAAAAUGUAAAUACAUUUUUAUAACCAAGUUUUGAUCUUAUUGAAUGUUACUUUGAAAAUGUAUAACUAUUGCCUGCAAUGUAGAUGAGCCUUUUAGUAGAGCUGAUUUAUUCCAGUAACUUCUUCCGUAUUUUCUCACUAAUCUCCAGUUAGCCAAAAUAUGCCAGAAAUGGGAAAGAGAGGAGAAAAAGUCAUUAACACCUAUACUGUUCUAUACUACUCCUACCCGUGUGCUAGGAAUGUGCACUAGCUCUUUUUAAAUUCCGUGCUACACUUUGAGGACUGUCAUCAUGUUCUCGUUUUGUAGUUCAGAAACUGAGGCUCAAAGAAUUUAUGUAACCUUCCCGGAGUCACAGUGUAAAGUUAGAUGUUGAAACCCAGUUUGUCUUAUAUAAAUGAGUCUCUGCUUGUUCUACAAAGGUAAUAGAAUCAAUCUUGACCUAUAUAAAUAGUAGAUUUUUUAUGGUGAAACUUUCCCACAUAAAGUAAAUUUUAGGGGUGAAUUAGAGUAAAACUUUCAGGAUAAGCAUUUUGUUCUUUUCAAGAACAGCAUGAAAUUUAGAAUAUCAAUGAUAGCUAUCUUUAAGAAUCAGAAUUAGUACUAGAAAUUAAAAAAACCUAUAGUUUGGAGUUAGUAUGAGCCUUUUGUGAAAAUAAAUAUAUUAAAUUAUUUUGCCUGAUGUGGUAGGGGAAAUGUGUUGCUCUAUAUUAAGAAAUAUUCUGGAUAUUCUGAUUGACAUCUUAUUAGGCCACAGGGAGCUAUGCUCUGCACAACUGAGAAAUUAGGUAUUUAGAAGGCAUAUAGAGAUGUUGUCAUAACUAGGUCUUCAACGUGAAAAUUAAUUUUUAUUGUAUCAUGUCAGAUAUCAGUUUACCACAUAUUAUUUUUAUAUUAAUUCAACAUUUGCCUUAAAUGUGUUGUUAAAUGAAAAUACAGACAGCUUCAUUGUUGUGUUGUUAAUAAUUGUUAGUUACUGCUCCAGGCAUUUUAUUAAAUUAAUUUUUUAAAUUAUUUUCCACCCUACAUCAGUAUAUUGGUUGUGCUUUAUAUUUGCCAAAGUCCUAACUCCCAUAUUGUCCUCUCUGACUAU